ACUUUCCUCCAGAUAUCUUAUAAUCAUCUUCUUUCAUAGGCAUCUAGGCGUGAGGAGUUUGUUAACAUAAAGAGACAAAUCAUACUGUGUAUGGAGGAAUUAGAGCACACUCCGGACACAAGCUUUGAAAGAGAUGUGGUGUGUGAAGAUGAAGAAGCCUUCUGUUUAUCUCUGGAAAAUAUUGCCACACUACAGAAGUUGCUCCGGCAGCUGGAAGUGCGAAAAUCACAAAAUGAAGCAGUGUGUGAGGGGCUGCGUGCUCAGAUACGAGAGCUUUGGGAUAGGUUGCAAAUACCUGCAGAAGAAAGAGAAGCUGUAGCCACGGUUAUGACUGGGUCGAAGGCCAAGGUCCGGAAAGCGCUGCAAUUAGAAGUGGAUCGGUUGGAAGAACUGAAAAUGCAAAACAUGAAGAAAGUGAUUGAGGCAAUCCGAGUGGAGGUGGCUCAGCACUGGGACAAGUGUUUUUACAGCCAGGAGCAGAGACAGGCUUUCGCUGCUUACUACUCUGAGGACUACACAGAAAAUCUGCUCCAGCUCCAUGAUGCCGAGAUCGUGCGGUUAAGAAACUACUAUGAGGUUCACAAAGAACUCUUUGAAGGUGUCCAGAAGUGGGAAGAAAGCUGGAGGCUUUUCUUAGAGUUUGAGAGAAAAGCUUCAGAUCCAAGUCGAUUUACAAAUCGUGGAGGAAAUCUUCUAAAAGAGGAAAAGCAGAGAGCCAAGCUCCAAAAAACACUCCCUAAGUUGGAAGAGGAGUUGAAAGCAAGGAUUGAAAUGUGGGAACAGGAGCAUUCAAAGGCAUUUGUGGUGAAUGGGCAGAAAUUCAUGGAGUACGUAACGGAACAGUGGGAGAUGCACCGGCUGGAGAAGGAGAGGGCCAAGCAGGAACGACAACUGAAGAACAAGAAGCAGACAGAGACAGAGAUGCUCUAUGGCAGUACUCCGCGAACACCCAACAAGCGGCGAGGACUGGCACCCAGCACUCCGGGCAAAGUGCGCAAGCUGAACACUACCACCAUGUCCAAUGCUACGGCCAACAGCAGCAUUCGGCCUGUCUUUUCCGGGACAGUCUACCGCUCCCCUGUGUCUCGACUUCCACCUUCUGGCGGCAAGCCAGUCAUCACUUCCACCUGUUCGGGGAAAAAAACGCCCCGUGCCGUCAAGCAUGGAGCCAACAAGGAGAACCUGGAGCUCAAUGGCAGCAUCCUCAGCGGUGGGUACCCUGACUCGGCCCCCCCACGGCGCAACUUCAGCAUUAAUUCUGUUGCCAGCACCUAUUCUGAGUUUGCGAAGGAUCCGUCCCUCUCUGACAGCUCCACUGUUGGGCUUCAGCGCGAACUUUCAAAGGCUUCCAAAUCUGAUGCUGCUUCCCGAAUCCUCAAUUCAACCAACAUCCAGUCCUGAGAAGCCCUGAUCAGUCACCCCUCUGAAGUUUUCUGUGCCUAAUUAUACAGGGUGGCUUUAAUGUUUCUUCAGUUUAGAUGCUUGAAAGCCUGGACACGUUCCAUUACCAUGAGUCUAACUUAGAGAAGUGCAUGAGUUACAGAUGAAAGUCUAUCAUAAGCUUAGUGUGUCCUCAGACAUUGGUUUUAUUUUGACUCAAGAAAUACAUUAAAACUUAGUUCAUAGCAAUGUGUAAAUUUUAGCAUAUGGAACUUAAUUUCUUUUCCUGCCCCAUAACUGUACUUGCUGAAGCAUGAUCAAGGGCUUGUUAUACUUCACCUUUAUGUAGGAAAAUGACUGUGUCCAUCCUUGGGGUAUGGGACAUGAAGCAGUUUUCUGUCUGUACACUUAUAAUUAGCAACUAACAUCUUUUUUGUUUAGGGAUGUUCAGUUAAUGCUACAGCUUCAGUAGCUUUGCUCUCACCUAAAGGCCUGUCCCCACCACACAGGACAGCCUUCCUCCUGAUGAAGAUGUCUGUGUGUCAGAAGUUGGGAUGGCCUGACUCACUGCCAAAGAGGUGACAGGGAGGCUGGGAGCGCCUUUGUUCAACUGUGUACAGUUUUGUCAUGUGGGGUGAUGCUGUGGUUGGGGGGGUGUGUAUGAACACACAUGCUUGUCUGAACUCUACUCUCUGGGUCUAGCUCCCCCAUCCCAGCGCCCCAGUGCCCGAGUCCCUCCACCCUCUGCACUUGGUAGCCAAGUAGGGAGGCUGUUUGGUGGGCUGGGCCAUUCCUGUUCCUGUUGUGGAGACCUGGAACUUUGCACAUGUCAGUACUGGGGAGUUGUUCCUACCGUAAUGUCCACAAUGAGGCUCCUUCUUUACCUACCCUAUUGAUCACUACUGCACUCCCCGAAGCACUAUUAUUUAUUCUCCCUCUGCCUGCACCCCUACUACUGUCAGCACAGUAAAUGGUUCUUGGAAGCUUGCAGGUGUGGAUUUGGUCUGUUAGUCAUGCAUAUACAUGUACUGAUUUUAAAAUAUAUUAAAUUAAAAUGUAUACUUAUAUUUCAGAAACA